CCGUCAUCGCUUCCUCCGUCCAGGCAUCAUGGCGCCUGGUUUGGUCCUGGACCCCUCUGGCACCAGUGAUUUGGAACGAUGAUCUUUCACAAUGUCGACUCCUACCAAAAAACGCAAAAGAGAGGCGCCGGAGUCCUCGCCGCAGCAGAAUCGCAGCAUAGCGUCCUUCUUCCAGAACGCUGCAGCCAAAGCAGAGCAGCCUUCAAUUCCCCCCUCGGAGGACACAGAGCAGACUCUCUCUGACGAAGCUCUCGCCCGGAAGCUUCAGGCAGAAUGGAACCAAGAAGACGACACGGCUUCGGGCUUGGAAGCCGAUCCUCCAAGCAAUGCGCCCGCGACCGUUCCUCCUACGAUCCCCGAUGACGACACAUCGCGACCCGAGCCGAAGAAGAAUAACACGCUGUCGCUACAAUCAUCGACUGGGGCAGAAGAUACGGUGUCGCUCGCAGUGCCCUUCGAUCAAAGCCCCUUGACUUUCGACUCGAGGAAAUAUGCGGAGGAGUUGAAAUCGCACUGGGCGACGGAAGGUGGCGAUGCUUCGUACGCCUUGUUGACUCGAGCUUUUGUCCUUGCCAAUGCAACCUCCAGUCGCAUACGCAUCGUGGAUACCCUGGUCAACUUUCUGCGGGUCCUGAUCGAAGGAGACCCUUCGAGUGUUCUCCCCGCAGUUUGGCUUGCCACCAACUCCAUUUCUCCGCCGUACGAUGAGUUGGAGCUGGGACUAGGUGGGUCAUCGAUCUCGAAAGCGCUCAAGAAAAUCUAUGGGCUCAACAGCCAAGGCCUGAAGGCACUAUACGACAAGUACGGAGAUGCAGGCGAUGUUGCGUUCGAAGCGAAGAAAAAACAGAGCUUUACCUUGGUCAAACCGAAGCCGCUCAAGAUCAAGGGCGCAUAUCAGUCCCUCGUCAAGAUUGCCGCUAGCAAAGGCAGCGGCAGUCAGGAGGCGAAGCAGAGGAUUGUUGAGAAGUUAUUGCAGGAUGCUCGAGGUGCAGAAGAGAGUCGCUACAUCGUCAGGACAUUGGUCCAGAAUUUGCGCAUUGGAGCGGUCAAAACAACUAUGCUCAUCGCUCUUGCUCGAGCAUUCCUAUACUCCAAACCAGACGGCGCGGAACAUUCUGUGCACUCUCAGCAGGGCCUUGCUCGUCUCAAGAAGGAAGACCUUGCGGAAACCUACAGUGGCGCUGAAGAAAUAGUCAAGGCCUCGUAUGCCAGGCACCCUAACUACAACGAUCUUGUUCCCUGUCUGCUCGAGAUAGGGGUCGCAGAAGAAAUCCUUCUGCGAUGCGGUUUGCAAGUUCAUGUGCCACUACGACCGAUGCUGGGUAGUAUUACGCGGGAUCUUUCGGACAUGUUGACGAAGCUACAAGGGCGAGAUUUCAGUUGCGAAUUCAAGUACGAUGGGCAGCGCGCCCAAGUGCAUUGCGACGAAAGCGGGAACGUGUCGAUAUUUUCGCGUCACCUGGAAAGCAUGACCGAGAAAUAUCCAGACCUUGUGUCUUUGGUCCCCCAGAUCCGAGGAGAGAGUGUGUCCAGCUUUAUCCUAGAAGGCGAGGUGGUUGCCGUUGACCAGGACACCGGUGACCUCCAGGCCUUCCAAGUUCUCACCAACCGAGCGAAGAAAAAUGUCGAGAUAGGGACGAUCAAGGUCAACGUGUGCCUUUUUGCAUUCGAUCUGAUGUACAUGAACGGGGAGCCCCUAUUAGACCGAUCCUUCCGCGAACGUAGAGAGCUUCUCCGGAGUCUUUUCAUGGAAAUCCCAAACCGCUUCACCUGGGUAAAAAGCAUUGAUGCAACGUCGGGGGAUUCUGAGACGGUGUUGGAGUUUUUCAAAAGUGCCACGAAUGCCAAGUGCGAAGGCAUCAUGGUCAAAGUUCUCGACAAUUUGCCCAAGGAUGGGGACAUCGAGACCUCCGCAGACGGCGCUAAAGAAUCAGGACCCCAGAUACAAGCUUCAUCCAGAACGAACGGCACAAAACCCACCAAAGGUACCCGACGUAAAGCCCUGCUAGCAACCUACGAACCCGACAAGCGCCUUGACUCGUGGCUCAAGGUCAAGAAAGACUACAGCGCAUCUUCUGAAACCCUCGACCUUGUCCCCGUCGCCGGAUGGCACGGCCAGGGCCGCAAAGCCAAAUGGUGGUCGCCCAUUUUGCUCGCCGUCCGCAACCCCGAAACCGGCACCUUUGAAGCGGUCACCAAAUGCAUGUCGGGCUUCACGGAUAAAUUCUACCAGGCCAACAGGGACAAAUACACCGAGGGCAGCGCCAACGUGAUCUCCCGACCCAGCUACGUCGAGUAUGCCGGCGAGCCCGACAUCUGGUUCGAGCCGCAGGAAGUUUGGGAGAUGGCGUUUGCGGAUAUCACGCUCAGUCCGACUUACACGGCCGCUAUCGGGCUGGUGAGUGACGAACGAGGCCUCAGUCUUCGGUUUCCGCGAUUCCUCAGAGUCCGCGAGGACAAAUCCAUCGACGAAGCGACCACGUCGGAUUAUCUGGCUCAUCUUUGGCGAAAGCAAUCCGAGAAGGCUCGACUGGAAGAAGCAGAGCAACCAGUGCCGGAGGAAAUCAUGGAGGAGUGAAGUGCUCUUUGACGCUCAGAGCGAAUAUAUUGAGAUCUAGAUACAACUUCCAUACAUACGCGAUAUAAUACAAUCAUAUACCAUACG